AUGGAGCACAAACGGGUAGUGCGGAAAGGCGACCCAAACUCCCAGAUCGCUACCCACACUCUGGAAGAAGGCCACAAAUUUGACUUCUCGAAGACACGGAUAAUGACACGCGCCGCUAAUAAGACGGGGCGAGAACUGCCGGAGGCCUGGGUGUCAGACUCCGACUCCAUCAACAGGCCUGUGAACAUACCACCAUAUUAUUUUGCCUUCCGUGCGCACAACCAAGUUCUUGCCCAGACACGCAGGGUGUCACGUCAAGGACACAAGACAAGGUACCAAGGACGCGCACAGGCGCGACACGAGGAAACAGCGUGA